AUGCAAAUAAAAUCGAAUCAAAACGAUCGAUUGAUUGUUGUAUUUGGACGUAAUGGUUGUGGUGAUCGAUUAAAAAGAUCAAUACUUGGACGUGUAGCAGAACAACAUGCUGAUAUUACGAUAAUUACAUCAGAAAGUCCUUAUCAAGAAGAUCCAAAAACAAUAAUUGACGGAAUUUUAUCGAGAAUUCAGGAUAAAAUAAAUGAGAAUCGGAAAGGGAAAAAACAAUAUAUUUGGCAAUGGAAUUAG